GAGAGAGGCGGAGAGAGAGCGAGUGUGUCCGUGUGAUGGCGUUGCCGGUUGAACACUUAUGAUCGGAAAACAUGGAGGCCGUCAGUGCAGUCAACGCCACGCCGGACGACCCCGGGUAUACUUACUACGACCCGACGACCGGCGCCGACCCCCCGGAGUUACCCACGCUGGUGUUUGAGGGAGUCAAUUUCCCAGAGGACACCAUCAAACUUUUGAGUGUGCAGGUGGUGUUGAUCUUGGCCUACAGCACCAUCAUCGUGCUGGGGGUUCUGGGUAAUUCUCUGGUCAUCUACGUCAUCUACCGUUUCAAGUCGCUCCGCACCGUCACCAACUUCUUCAUCGCCAACCUGGCUGUCGCCGACCUGCUGGUGAACACGCUGUGCCUCCCCUUCACCCUCGUCUACACGCUGCAGGGGGAGUGGAAGUUUGGCAGCACGCUCUGCUUCUUGCUGCCCUACGCCCAGGGGCUUGCCGUGCAUGUCUCCACGGUGACGCUUAACGUCAUUGCCCUGGACCGCCACAGGUGUAUCGUGUACCACCUGGAGACCAGGAUGCGCAAGGACGUGUGUUUCGGGGUGAUAGCGCUGACCUGGGUGCUGAGCGCCGUGCUUGCCAGUCCUCUGGCCAUCUUCAGAGAGUACGGCUCCUUCAGCAUGGAACCGGGACACACCAUACAGGUGUGCACGGAGAAGUGGCCCGGUAAAAACACGGACGGCACCGUCUACAGCAUCUCAAUGUUGAUCCUGCAGUACUUCCUGCCGCUGUCCAUCAUCUCCUUCGCCUACGCCCGCAUCUGGUCCAAACUGCGCGGCCACGUCAGCCCGGCGGAGAACGUCGGCGUCGGCAGCGGCAGCAGCGCCGCCGGCUCGGACCGCCACCGUCGGCGCCGCAAGACCACCAAGAUGCUGGUGACCAUGGUGGUGGUGUUCGGCGUCAGCUGGCUGCCCUUUCACGCCUUCCAGCUGGCCACCGACAUCGACAGCUCGGUGCUGGACCUGCGUGACUACCGGCUGCUCUACACAGUCUUCCACGUGGUCGCCAUGUGCUCAACGUUCGCCAACCCGCUGCUGUACGGCUGGAUGAACCGCAACUACCGCGCCGCCUUCCUCGCCGUCUUCAAGUGUCGCAAGGGGGCCGAUCGGGGCGGGAGGGGCGGCCGGCUGGACAGCAUCCACCCCGUCGGCGGCAGGGGAGGAGGAGGGAGGGCGAAGAAGAUAGUGCUCGAGACCCAGGACGUGGUGUCCACGCACCUGAACGCCACGGACGUGUGAGAGCCCGAGGAGGACGGAGGAGGGAGACGAAGAGGGCGACGGAGGGAUGACGGAGGGAAAUAAAAGAAAACGGUUGUCAGGAAAAUCUUUAGUUUCCCAAAAUACAAUGGACGCAAGAAAAACAAGAUUCCAUGGAGACAGAACCAGAGGGGAGAGAAAAAUAGAAACAACGAGGGAGAGAGAGAGAGAGAGAGAGAGAGAUGAAGGCGACGGGGUGGGGAGGAUUAAAGAGUUUUUGGAAGCCCGAAAUAGAAAGAGGAGGCAAAGAACGAGCAGGGAUUAGAAAAAGAAGAAUGACAGCAGGGCUGCUGAAUGACUCAAGGUCUCCUCGACCAAUCGAAACGGAGCCCCGUCGAGGACGCAACCUCGGGGGGGAUUUGUUCCAGAGAAAGGAUGUGUGACACUGACAAAGUAGAAAAGUUUUCCAGGAUUUUCGCCUGAAUAAAAGACAAGUGGCUUUGAUUUUUUUUGGGGGGUUGACAAAAUGUCCCCCGAGACAUUUGAUGGAAAACUUAAGAUAAGAUUGUUGCCUGUAAACAGAUUCGACAUUAACUUUGGACUUUGAAUGCAACAUAGGUCUUUUACUCCACCGUGAGCCGCCGCAGCUUCCUUGACUUGCGAGGGGACACGAUGAGCCGUUUGUCCACGCUUUUUCUGAAAAAGCGUAGGAAAACCGGCCGCCGCCGGGGACCCGCGCGGAAAAAGAAAAUUUGUCAGGUGGAAGAAAAAGCCACACGGAAAGAAGAAAAAAACACACACACGCACGCAGAUUUUGGAGUUCAAGAGGAGGACGGGGAUGCAUGACACAAGCUUUGUGAAAUCUCAAGACAUUGUUUUGUAAUGAAAAAAAGUUGCAUUUAAUGUGGAUUAUCCUACCGAGAGAGGCGGAUGUGAGAGUGUUAAAACAGAAGAGACAGAGGUUGACAUUGUGGGGGAGAGAGCAGAUUAAAUGUUUUUUUAUCUUUUGUUAGUAGAUGGAGACAUGGAGCAGAGGGUGAGAGAUGGGCGGGAGGGAGGGAAGUGACGAGAGGAUCCGUGGGAGGAGAGGAAAAGAUAGAAAUGUGGGACAAUGAGGGAAAGGAAAAGACGGCACGUAGCAGCGAGAGAGAGUGAGAGACUUCGAACCGACAGGCUGCAAUUUAGUUUGAAACAGAGACGACAUUUUUACUGACAAGUGGACGGAUGAAUGUUUGAAAAACCAAAGCCAUUUUGUUCUUCACUCCCGCCUCUCUGUCAUGUCCAACGCUGCCGUCUCUCUCUCUCUCUCUUUCUCUCUGACUUCAAAUCAGUUUGCUGGAGCCGAACAAGUCGUCACUCAAAAAACUCGUGACAUUAAUCUGAUUUAGUCGCGUUCGGCUGACUGCGCUCACAUUUUGAGUUACGCUUCAAUUUCAGCACGACAUAAUGAGAUG